AUGGUUUACCCGAGACCGCCGCUAACAUGUGGUCCAAGAGCCUUAUGGCACCCUCUUGCACCAUCCUCGGAAAAUGCCUUCAAUCCAUGUUUCUUGACCAAUGUUGUCUUUGUAUUUUCAGCAUCUAUGGCUGCGGUGGGACUUAUACAAUUAGCAAGUUACAGAAAGAAACCACUUUAUGGUCCACUUUCGCCGAAAAAUACCGGUUUGGCUCAUUAUCUACGGUGCACUUUGGUAAUAUUGCACAAUUUGAUGUUGGUAGCAUUGAUUGCUUCACUCAGCAUAUACGAACGAUACGCAGACCAUAAGUUCAUUCCGUUUUGUACCUUAACAAUUGUGAGUUUUGUGAUAAUAGCUCCAUUGCAUUUCAUUGAAACUGCCACUUCGCCGGUGGCUCUGGGAGUUUUGCUCUGUUUCUGGCCAAUUUUGACAAUAUUAGAACUUGCCAUUCUAGUUCAAGAUCACUAUACCAGAUGGCCCGUGAUUCUCUCACCGCUGGCUCCAUUGCUAGAAUUGUGUGCUGUUUUGGCAUCUUGUGCAAUUUUCGUAUUUGAGAAUUCCUCCAGAUUGUGGAAGCCUACGCAUCUGCUAGUUUUGGAAUAUUCUAAGUCGGAAACUCUCAAACCUUUGCUUACCAAACCCAAUUUUAUUGCAAAGUUUACAUUCACAUGGAUGAACACACUAAUCACUAACUCAUAUCGGAACCAGACGUUGGUCGCGGACGAUUUGCCUCCGGCUCCAUCUCAUUUGGCAACAGAAAAGUUCACCAAAACGCUCCAGAAAUACUGGGAUGAUCCAAACAAGAAGAAGACGAAAAGGCGUCUUGUCAUCUCUCUCAUCAGGGCUUUUGGGCCCUUGGCGCUAGUAUCAUUCUUAUACGAAGCCAGUGACUCGCUUCUUAGUUUUGUCCAGCCUCAAUUGUUGCGUCUACUUAUUAUUUUCAUUGGAGAUAGACUUAAUGACAAAAAUGUGCCUGUUCUCAAGGGUAUUUUAAUCAGUUUCUCCAUGUUUGGUGUCACUAUUCUUCAAACUGCUUUGAACAACCAGUACGUGUUGAGAGUAUUGAAAGUAGGCUUGGGAUGCCGGUCGUCAUUGACAUCGCUCAUUUUCCAGAAAAGUCUUAAGCUUUCUUCUCACUCAAGAUCUCAGAGAUCCACUGGUGAUAUUGUCAAUCUCAUCUCCAUUGAUGCUCCUAGAAUUCAGACAUGUGCACAGGAAAUUAGCACGGUCAUCAUUGCUCCUACCGAAUUGGCACUUUGCAUCUUUUCCUUGUAUCAAAUUCUAGGAAAAGCAGCUUUUGCGGGUGUUGCAGCCAUCAUUAUAAUAAUGCCUAUCAAUACGAUCAUUGUGAGAUUUCUGAAGCGUCUUAAUAAGGUCCAGAUGAAGUUAAAGGAUAACAGAAAUAGAAUUACCAAUGAGAUUCUAGUUUCCAUGAAAUCAAUCAAACUAUAUGCUUGGGAGACUCCUAUGUUGAAUCGGUUGCUUGAUGCUAGAAACAAUAAAGAACUCAAGAAUUUGCGCAAAAUCAGAGGGAUCAACCAGAUCGGCAACUUAAUCUGGGUGACUUUACCUUUUCUUGUUUCCUUUGCUACUUUUUCUUCAUUUGCCUAUUUCCUGAAGACUCCUUUGACUUCGGAUAUUGUGUUCCCAGCACUUGCAUUAUUGAACAUUCUUUCCAGACCUAUUUUACAGUUGCCAUUUGUGAUCAAUUACAUCACCGAGGCAUCAGUAGCCCUUGACAGAAUUGCUUCAUUUUUGUUGGCUUCAGAGACAGACUCGGAUUUGGUGCAGAUCAAAUCUUCUGACGACACCGAGGCACUUCGUCUUCACAAUAUUUCCUUCUUCUGGGACCACCCACAUGUGCCGGAAGUCACAGAAGACAUGGACUUUACAGCAUUUCACUGUGCACUCAAGAAUGUCAAUAUAGUUGCCAAUAAGGGUGACUUUAUUUGUGUGGUGGGAAAGGUUGGUUCAGGAAAGUCUUCGCUUCUUUCUUCCAUCAAUGGACAACUCGACGCCCUCGAUUCAAAAUUUCCAUCUUCCAAGCCUUCCCCCAUUCAGAUCCACGGCACGGUUGCUUAUUGCUCGCAGAAUCCAUGGAUUAUGAAUGCUUCUGUCCGAGAAAACAUUACUUUUGGCUAUAAGUUUGAGGAAGAAUUCUACAAUCGCACAAUUGAAGCUUGUCAGCUUUUGCCGGACUUGAAAAUUUUACCAGAUGGAGAUGCUACCCAAGUUGGCGAAAAAGGCAUUUCCCUCUCAGGUGGCCAAAAGGCACGUUUGGCAUUGGCCAGAGCUGUUUAUGCCCGUGCAGACGUAUACUUGUUAGAUGAUGUCUUGAGUGCAGUUGACAGCCACGUUGGGAAAAAUAUCAUUGCCAAUGUUUUGAGCAAAACCGGACUUCUUGCUUCCAAGACAAUCGUAUUGGCAACCAAUAAUAUAUUGGUUCUCGAAAAGGCCGACAAAAUAUACUUAUUCGAGAAGGGAGCUAUAGUUGAAGAAGGGUCAUAUUGGGACAUUUGUGCAAGCAAAUUACAUCCAAAACUCAAUGAGUUGCUAGAUGAAUCUGGACAAUCACAGGUUAGAGACGCAUCAAAGUCUCCGGCUCCAGAUUACUUGUCAGACCUGAAUAUUACACCGGACCCGAGUAUUAUUACAGUUCCUGUUGAGGCUUUCAGGAGGGCAAGUCUUGCGACAUUUGAUUGGGAUCCAUUCCGGAAGAAUCUCUCAAAUAAUCGAACAGGUCCUACUGUUGAAGUUUCUGCAAAGGGAAAGGUCAAAUGGGAAGUUUAUUUGGAGUAUGUCAGGGCAUGCUCAAUUACGGGAGUAAUUGCAUGGGUGAUAUUAAAUGUGAUUGCAACAUUAGCUUCGAUCUUGAAUAACUACUGGCUCAAAAAAUGGGCAGAGAAAAAUGCUGAAAUUGGCGAUAAUAGUGAAGCUAUUCGGUACAUCAGCGUGUUUGCGCUUCUUGGUUUCAGCACCAGUGUGCUCAAUGCUCUCAAAGGUAUCCUUUUCUGGAUAUUUUUGGGAAUCAGAGGUGGUCGUAUUGUGCACGAAAGAAUGGCCAGAAGAAUCAUGAAGGCACCUAUGAACUUUUUUGAAAGAACUCCCGUGGGUAGAAUCAUGAACAGAUUCAGCAAUGAUAUCAACAAGGUUGACGAUGCACUUCCUCGCUCAUUCAACAUGUUUAUGGGUACUAUUCUUAAAACAGUAAUGACAUUUGCUGUGGUUGGCAUGGCCAUUCCAAUGUUUCUUGUUGUGGUUUUAUUCUUGCUAUUUGUUUACGGCUACUACCAAAAGUACUAUAUUUGUGUGCAGCGAGAGUUGAAGAGAAUGGUAUCUAUUUCUAGGUCACCUAUCUUUGCCCAUUUGCAAGAGAGUUUGACUGGAGUGGAGACCAUCACGUCUUAUCGGCAAAAUGAUAGAUUCAUCUACAUGAACAAUGCCAAUGUUGACUUCAACCUCCGAAGCUUGUAUAUGUUAAGAUCAAUUAACAGAUGGCUUUCCGUGAGGCUCCAAUUCAUUGGGUCAAUUAUCAUCUGGACAUCAUCAUCGUUGUUGAUCUACAAGUCUACGACGGCGUCGCCUGUGAGUGCUGGAAUGGCGGGUUUUGCUAUGAGUUAUGCAUUGCAAAUCACGGAUUCCUUGAAGACCAUGGUGAGAAUGUCUGCUGAGGUGGAGGCCAAUAUUGUUUCUGUUGAAAGAUGUUUUGAGUACUGUAAUCUCCCAACAGAGGAGACUGAAGAGUACGAUUAUAUCACACCACCUAAAGAGUGGCCAGCUCACGGAAGAAUCGAGUUGGAGAACUAUUCUACGCAAUACGCAAAGAAUUUGGAUCCAGUUCUUAAGAACAUCACCAUCAGUGUGAAGGCAGGGGAGAAAGUGGGAGUAGUGGGAAGGACCGGAGCAGGUAAAAGCUCGUUGGUCCUUGCAAUAUUCCGCAUGAUUCCACCUACCCUGGGCAGCAUUCAGAUUGACGAUAUAGACGUGACCAAGCUUCGUCUUUUUGACUUGCGUCACAAUUUGAGUAUUAUCCCACAAGAUUCACACCUUUUCGAGGGCACUAUCAGACAAAAUUUGGAUCCGUUUGAUGAGUACAGUGAUGAACGGCUCUGGCAGGUUUUGGAUCAUCUGAACCUUAAGCACACCGUGGAAACUCUCCAUGGGGGCCAAGGUCUCGAUAGUAAGGUGAAUGAGGGAGGAUCCAAUUUCUCUGCGGGGCAACGUCAACUCAUGUGUUUAAGCCGUGCACUUCUAAACCCUUCGCAAGUACUUAUGCUUGAUGAAGCCACUGCUGCCGUGGACAUCCAGACAGACAAGAUUAUUCAGUCCACGAUUCGCCAGGAGUUUAAGCAAAAGACCAUUAUCACAAUUGCACACCGACUUGAUACCGUGAUGGACUGUGAUCGGAUUCUCGCGUUAGAGGAGGGUAGAGUUAGGGAGUUUGAUACUCCAGAGAAUUUGUUGAAGGACCCCAAGCUGAUAUUCUACAACUUGUGCAAGCAAGGUUCUUACAUUUGA